GUUCUUUUACAGUUCUCAUAAAUCUAAUUUCAACCUACUCAAAGGGUAUCGGUGCAGUGAUGAGGAAUCAGCAAAUCCAAAUCCUGCAGAUGGAUGUCACCAAGUGCUUCUGGGAUUCCAUAGAGGAUCAAUCUCCUUGGACUUGGCCACCAUAGCGCCACAGUCGUCAACACCCACCAGAUCUUGCAACAGCCCCUACCAUGAUUCCUCCCUCUCAAAGUGUUAGCGGUGUUGUCAGGGAGUCGGCUUUGCAGGCUGGAUGUCCCCGCAGGCUGAUAUCUGCGUAACCUACAUCGGCCUCCCCGUGACAAUGGCCUGCUUUCAUCACAGCUAGAGGUGAUAUGUCGAGACAGUCAUAGGACCACCGAAAAAGAUCAAUGCCACGGUGAAACGGGAGGAAGCCUAUACGAAGGUGUGGUGUCAAACUUCUCUCACAGCAACUCAUCGAGUAGGCUGGAAUCGUCUGAUGGCCGCAGUGUCUGCACCGAAUAUCCUCCCACUGGAUAUGGUGGUGUAUCCUGGCUGCUUGCCAGUCUGAGAACGUGUGAAAAGCUUCUGAGUCUCUUGGAAAACGUUCCUACAACCAUACCUGGUCUUCGUUUACGGAGUAUUGGCAUAAAGUGGGCAGUCUGGGGUGCUCGGGCUGGCGGACCUUCCCCGUCCAGCUGAGCUGGAUCUCUCGACCAGACGUGGUUUUGGGAGUGUGGCUGCCUACACAGUAUGCAUGCACUUCAUUGAUUGUCAGCUUGUCAACUGUGGGAGGUGUUUGUCCUGUAUAGCUCUUCAGCCCGUCGGACCAUGCUCACGCCACCAGAAGGCUUUGAUCCUAAUAGGCCGAUUCCAAGCCAUCGCUUCAGGACUCGAGAUGUCGACCACGCCAAAUGAAAAAGUCGAAUACCGCAUUGCGUGACCUGAAAUUUGCGGUUCUGCCACACAAUACAUCAUCAUCUUCAACCGAACACUUAAUGGUUCCAAGUCAAGUUCAUUCACUCCGAACCGACCCAUGGACACGGAGUCUUUAUUACGCGCGGUCCUUAGAGCACAGGCUCGAAAUGAAUAGUGGCAGUUCGACAACAUCCUCAGGGCCAAAGCCAACUUCAAGACCGAGUGAUGACGAAAUUAAGCUCUCCAGGACCCUGCAGGAAGCCUGGGAGAAAGCGAGCCAGCGAUUUGAAGUCGACACAGGGAUAAGCCUCGUGGGUCGGGACUCAGCACCACUGUCAAAGGAAGACGUCCGUGAGACUGUGAAACAAUUAUUUUCUGAAGAUCGACAGGACCUCAGGCAGAAGCAAUCGCAGCUACGUGACACCAUCGAUGAAGUCCUUAACGCAGUCGACAAGGUUGGUACGAUUGUGGCGGAUCUCGGCUCGCUGGCCUGGCCCCCUACAAAGCUAUGUUUUGCUGCAAUUCAGAUCCUCGUCAAAGCUGGACAUGACCACAAGGAACUGUUUGAUGGCCUCCAUGCUUUGUUCGAAGAAGUCCCGAAUUUCUUCGUGACCUUCAUAAUUCUUGACAGGGCGGAACGCCAAUACGGCCUCGACAAGAACCUUAUUGCAAGCACAAACGGCAUAUUGGUGGCUUUUGUCCAUGUGUGCAAGGAUGCGAUACGUGUUACACAACAUCCGAAGACGGCUUCUCUGAGGAGAACCUUUUUGGGAGACGCUUGCGUAGAAUCGGCACUGAGCAACUUCAAAUUGCUCAUCGAAAGGCACAACAAGCUGACAGUAACCCUCACCCUAGAAACUGUGUUGCGCACUGAAAAGGACGCUCAAGUCACAAACCAAACUGUCAGAGGUCUCGAAGCCGACCGGACUGAGAGCCGAAAUCUCAAGGCUGACCAGGCCACGAUCCUCAAAGUGCAAGGCGCCCUCGAAGUUACCGAAGCUGACACAACCGCCCCUCUGACACGGCUACGAUCUUAUCGAGCAGACGUGCUGAGUGUCACAUUACAAACACUCUCCGAGAAUAUCGACUACAAAAAUUGGAAGGCCUCAAAUACCGGCUGCAACCUCCUCUUCUUCUGCGGAGAUAGCGGAACCGGUAAAACGUGCUUGUUGAGCGCGAUUGCACAUGCGGUCGAGAAGAAAAGAGAGAACUUGGAGAAGGACUCCCCGAGUCUCUAUUAUGCGUACUACUCCUUCAGCCGCUCAUGGACACUGGAAGAAGGAAUGCUGCACUUCUUCACCUGGGCCUGCAAGGGACGGAUGGUCAGACAGCUCGGAGAAAUACAGUGUAUUCCGAAAGAUUGAGUGCGAGUGCACCAACGAAGUCGGCUUAUGUGCCACCCAUUGAAGCCAUGAUCGGAGAAACGACCAGCAGGACUAAAACAAUUGCAGCACUUAUGCAAUCUGGAGGACCCGAUCAGACGCCAAUCCACGCAGCGUUGAGAGUGAUGGCUAGCCAGGUUUCUCGGCAAAGCACAACUUAUGCGAAGACUCUGCGCGAAAACCUCGAACCCGGACAGCUUACUGGAGACUUGCUGGAAUUUUGGACAAGAUUGAAAUUCGAAGAUUUCCCAGCUCCGCCACACUCUGUACUUUACCUGUUUUUCGAUAACCUGCAUCGACUGCAGGGUGACUUUCGAGAACUUUCAGAUUUUCUGAGGUCAGUUGCUCAAGGGCGCUGUCGCACGCGUACAGGUGACAACAACUUAUGUCUCAAGGUCAUUCUAACCGGAAAAGAAGAUGCUUGGAACAAACUGGAGGUUGAGAUGCCAAAGUUAAAUGUCGCUGAGCUGAACCUCCCUCUGCUAAGGGACUUUAUUGUGACUCAGAUGAGAAUGCUGAAGAUUCUCCAAGACAAGGGAGAGGAAUACGCGCUUUGUAAAGAGCGUUUGAUCCAACAAAUACUGAAGUCAGCCAGAGGAAGCUUCGUGACCGCGAUGCUAGGAACGAAGAUCGCCCAGGAUGCCGUGGAUGAAGACCUCGACGCAGAUGAGCUCCUGCAAAGGAUCAAUGACGAAGCUAAUACCAGCCCACCUAGCGAAGGUGCGAGCAUUCUAAGAGAACUCGCCGGCAAACUCAGCGUCCUGCAUCAAGAACAGCUCAUAGAAUGCCUCAUCUGGGCUUUCUAUGGCGAACACGCCGUAAAUCUGGCUUUGCUCGAGUCGGCACUAUUCCUACAGCAUCAGAGACAAUCCCUCGAACCUUUGCGGCGAAAAAUCAACACCCGCUUUGAGCGAGCUCUGAAAGUUCUAGCGGGUGGCCUAGUGGUUCCGAGUAAGGAAGUGGAAGAGUAUAUACAUGAGUGCAGUAUUGCAAGUGAACCCGAGACCAAGCCAUCGAAGUCCGGAGUCCACAUGAAAGCGGAGCAUGGAGAAGACCUUGAAGUUCAUAAGCAGCUUUUGACCAAUUCGAAAGGUGCGCUCGCCGAUGGCACGUCUGGCAGCACUGGUCGAGCUCCCGAGAUUGGAGAAUCCAGGGCAGUCUCCCUCAACUUCUCACAGACCAAUGCGCACUUUACCAUUUGCAUGCGCUGCCUAAAAGCCCUGAAUGAUGAUACAGUCCGUGACAAAGCGCGGCCACUUAUUGAAUACGCCGCAACUGCAUUGCCGUAUCAUCUCAGGCUGUUGAGUGAGAAGGAAAACAUCAGCAAACUCUGUCCAUCUGAGAGACGAACUAUUGCGCAGGGUUUGAUCGAAUUUUUAUCGGACUACGAUUGCGUCAACUCUGCUUGGUUGAUUCAACCAUUUUCUGGAAGUGAGUGGUUGAGGGAGACGAAGACCGUUGUCGCAAUUCGAGGACUACUCACACAUGAUCUGAUUCUUCACGAACUGGAACCGCGAGACCGAAGAUGGGCUCUUAAAAACACUCAACACGUCGAUGGGAAGCCCCCGUAUUUCCUCGGAAGAAUGGCAACAAUAGCAGCCUCACAAUGGCUAGAAGACCACGGGCCCGAUCAAGCCCCAGCACACGAGUGCUUUGAUUUCGUCGACAUGUACCUUGACAUCUUUGAGCCUCCAGCAUUGUUAUCUGAGUUCAACGGCCGAGAUAAUGGGAGAGGCCCUUCAGGCUCAUCCAAGCUGUCGUCGAUAUCACGAUCAAGAUCUUCGCCUCCGGCCCUUUUAACAUCGCAACACCAAACAUCUCCUCCCAAACAGGGAGCAAUGGAUGCAAAGUCCAAAAGCUCAACCCAAGCCACGGGCUCCUCGAUACGCAAGGAUUCCGAACGCAGAUCCAAGUAUUUCAUAACACACUUUAUGGGUGCGGAAGUCAACCAGGAGAUUCGCGAAACUGAGAAAUUGAAAGACCACAAGCCGUCCCCGAAGCAACGGGUUGAAAGAGCAAAAGAGUGGGCCCUUUACCAUCUUGAUAUCGACCUGGAUGAUUUCGUAUUCCGCCGCCUCAGCAACACAAUAUUUCGAUAUGACAAAGCCAGUGCCAUCGGAUACUUACAGAUCGCCCAGUCAUGUGACAAGAGUCAAGAUCGUUUUGGAACGACCGUUGAACUCGCCUCGGCGUAUUAUCUGAGUUUUCAGUUUCAGAAGGCGUUUGACACUGUCGGGCCAAUUAUCGAUGAAUUGCAGAACCAGCGUAAGAACAAUCUGCUCACAAGGGCCACUGAGGCCCAUCUAUGUGUCGCCCUCCUCGUGAGGUCACAUUGUUUUUUUAUGAUGGAAAAGCAAAAAGACGCCAUCGAGCUCAUGGAGGAAAGUCUUCAGAUCUGCCCGUCGCAGUCAGCCGUCCGCUACCAGCUUGUCAUACAGCUAUGUUGCACGGGCGAGCCACAGGAUGCACAAAGGGCCCGAGAGAUCUUCACCGAAUGGAUAAUGCUGGCAGAUUCGAACGUGGACAACGGUCCCGGUCCUUAUUUCCUUGCCGUAGCUCACAAGAACCCAGUCCUCCUUGCCGGCCUGAUUCUAAGCGCCAAGGAUCCUGACAUGCACGAUCUAGUCAUGGGCGUGCUCAGGGAAUGCGUCCACGAGGCUAUCGUGUCAGAGAACUUGGAUGAUCAGAGACUCCUCCAGUUUCUGCAAGGCCUUGGUUAUCGCUCAAGUACAGAUGAAGAAGAAAAGGCCCUAGCUGUCGAACUAUGGCAGUCCUCAGUCGCGCGCAGCCGCAAAGUAGGUCCUGCCGAAGACUUUAUUGCUUGUUGGAGUUCGCACCUGGCGGCUCAAUUCUGUGUCGAUAAGGCACUGGAGGACUUUCGGCGGCCCCGUGACUGGUCCGAACAGCAGAAGAAAACCCUGCUAGCUGCGCUGGAUGGCAAAGUCCGCAACCUUCUGCUACCAAAGCACGAGACAAUGGGGGUUUACUAUACUCCGAUGGCGUUUGUUGCUGCCUUCGCCAAACUUCUCGGCCUAAAAGAAGAAUCCCAAAAGAUUCUAAAAGAAGACAUGGCGAACGCCCUCGAGAUCCUGAGCGACAACGAUGCAGAAAACGACCAGGCCGGCCUGGAGCAAUUGUUCGAAAUCCUACGCUGCUGUGGUGAUUUUGAGGGAGCAUCGAGUGCAUGGUCUUUCUUCGACCGCCGCCCGAAGAAUGCCGAGUCACAGACGUUGGGCACCGAAUCCGAAUCUAGGACAACUUACCACUACCGCACCAUGUGCGAUAACUGCGGAGACGACAUGAAGAGCUGUGAAAGAAAGGAGAUCUGGCGCUGCAAUUAUUGUCCCGACCAAGCAUUUUGCGGGGAUUGCAUGGAUGUGGUAAAAGCGACAAGUAAGGGGUUUUUCGACUGUGGGCAGCACCAUGAUUUUACAUUAUUUCAGCACUUUGACUAUGACGAGGAGGAAAUCCGCAACAGCAAUGUUCGAGUUGACUGGAAGCUCGAUCGAGGACCUGAUGGUCGAGGCCAGAGGCGGGAAGGGGGCCGCAUUGUGGACCUCAGAAAAUGGGUCGAGAUAUUGAGGAAGGACUGGGACAUCCCUGAAACAUCGCUUGGAGGAAGAGUGCAGAAGUAACAGCGUCAAUGAACUGUCUGCUGUGGGCUAUCUUUAUCCAUAUAUGGAUCUACGGCUAGGUGAAAUACUUACAGAAACAGUUGAACAGUCG